UCAACCUAAAAAAAAAAAAAAAAUCACACGUCCUAAAGGGCAGGGGAGAUAAUGAGAUUCAGUUCUGAUUCAUGCAUGUAUAUGAGGCUUUGAUCCUUGGGAUCUGGUGCUCUGGCAUAUCAGUUCCCAGCUAUCUUUAUGAUACUGUGGGAAGCUUUAUAGAAAGCUGAGGCUAUUCACUCAUCAGAAAAGUCAAUUUAGACUCCUGGCCCUUGCCAGAAUUUAUAGAAAGGAAUAGAGGUGAUCGGGCAAGUUUGAAGUGUGUGAAGAGCAACAAUAGAAAAUACUUCUUUACAUGUGAUACUAGAGCAAAUGUAGGAUCAGUAACUGCACUCUUGCCCCAGAGCUGGAGUUAGAUCCCUGAUCAGUGCCAGGCUGUCGGGCAACAAAAGGGCUACCAAUAGCUUUGAUCAAAUGAGGUCCAUCAUGGGUAUAGUCCAGAGACAGUACCCUGUGGACCUGUGCAAGAAUUUCAGGAACAGCUUUGUCCCAUUCCCCACUUAACUCAUGGAAAGGCCACAACAUGGAUGAAAUCAUCCAUCAUCUACUUCAGAACAUUUUAAUCUGCUCCCAAUCUUAUUUCUAGCCUCAGAGAAUCAGAGACUAGCAGAAACAUCUAAAGUUCCUAAAGGAGUCUUGUCUUCAAAGCAUACCCAGUUUACCAGCCCCAGACCUUUGCAGAUGGAUGGAUGGCAGCCUUUUUAAUUUUCCCAACUUUGAUUAUUACUUCUUGAUCUUGCAUGUGCCUCUAGAACAUCUGUACAGGAUCAUGAUAGCAAUAAUACUGGCUUUUAGGGAAGAAGGAAAUUAAUUUCUUCCAGAAUAAAUUUUUUGAUUAGGGUUUUGUACAGAGAGUUAAAGGGCAAACACAGUGAUAUGGGAAUGGGUGCCAGAAAAAGAGAGCACAGUGUUCACCAGUUGGAACAAAAUGAUUCUCCUGACCUGGAUGGAGCAAAGUGUCCUAUCUCAAUGUGCACAGCGUGCUCAGAGAUGAACACCCAAAAUUUGCCUGGCAGAAGUCAGCUUUGCAGAAUGGCCCCAACACCCAGAAAUAGAUCACUCACCGUUAAUUAGUUUGGUGGCCUGGUGACCAAUCUGUAAUGUAGGAAACUAGAUUUGAAUUACCCUGACCAUGGAAGUUUUCGCAACUGAAGGGAACUUCAGGAGCUUUGGGCAUUCACUGCUCUCAGCGACUGACAGGUCCAGCUGCCUCCAGGCUGCAGUACCUAUUGUAAAUGAUCUGUGGACCUUAUUACACAAAGGAAGUUUUCAGGUAAACACAGAUUUCCGUAAUCCUGCAGCCCACGGUGAAACUCCUAAAAUCUUAAAGGCUCCAGAAAGGCACUUUUAGUCAAACGGCUUCAGAAAAUAGAGAAGGAUUUGUGUUUUAGUUCAAUUCACUCAGAUCUGUUAAGUCAUCUCUCAACUCUCCACUGAUACAUGAGUUUGGGAGUGCUCAGAUAUAGUCUCUUUACAAUGAAGUUGAAACUAUCAAAUUAUGUCCUGCUGUUUCCCAUGUCGGUGCUGGGGGUGGGUGGGAAAUAAGGCCUGUACCUCUAGGUCUAGCACAAGGACAGGAGCAGUCUUAAGUUAUUAGGCCAUAACUUACGCUGUUCCAGUUGGUACUGGCUUCUUCGGGGAAUAAAAUUCCCUAUCCCGCAUCUGACUUGACUUCUCCCUUUUCCCCCAGAUCUCUGACAAAAGACUCUGGCGCACUGCUAUCACCUGUGUAUUCUCUAUUGUGACCUAUCCCAUUGGUAACAGAGGUUCCUAUUGUCAUGGACAUUGCUGCCUUACUAUCCUUCCUCGCCUGCCCUGGACAGCUUUGCAGUGAUUAUACGUGCACAAGGACUCCUUGGCUGAGACAUAACAUCCCACACCUGCCUGUUUCUGCUAUGACUGCGGUGAAGGUAGAUAGAGAGCAGAGAUGUGUCUGGAGCAGGGAAAUCAGGAAUUUUCCUCCAGUGUCUUCUGGCUCUUUGUUCCUGUUCUCUGACACCAAUCCUUUUCUAUAGUAUUCUACAAUAUUAAUCCAUCCCACUGCACAAUUGUUUUUCUCCUCCUUUAGCAGCUUCUCACUGGGUUUCCUUGAUCACUCAAAAGAAAACCAUUUUAAGGGGACUAUCUGAAUAAAAUGCCAUCUUACUUUUAUAUCCGUUUGUCCAGCACCUUGCACAAUGAUGUCCUGAUCCCCUCAAUUGGAGCACCUACAAUACAAAUAAUCAUGAUGGGCCUUUCAUCCUCAGGAUCCCAGCAUGCUUUAAAAGCUUAAUCUGUAUGACAAUUGAAGAGAGAGUCAUCAGCAGGGGAGAAAAUAAGUUAACAGCCAGAUCAAUGUUGCACAGCAUCCUGGGGAGGGAAAAUGUUGUCCAAAGAUACCAGGUCAAACCAACUGUUAAAGUGCCAUGAGACCUUUCGUGACUAGGCAGGAUGGACAGGGCCUCUGUUGUAAUGCCUUCAUCCAAAAGCCCCUCAUACUCUGACAGGAUCUCUAUUGACCAAGCUUGGAAGGAUGAAGAACUUAACUGGCUGAGCGAUGACUAGAAUCUCAAGACCCAAAGGCUUUGCUUUUUCAAUCUUGGCCUCUUAACCUGGACUAAUACUCUGAGGGAAGAUUUUUAAAAAUGACUAGAGAUUGGGUUUAUCUCAGUUUUAUCAGUUUUAGACAUCCAUCCUGAGAUUCCCUCAAAGGGGGAGUCUCUUUUCUUUAAAAAAAAAAAAAAAAAAAGUGCUGAAUGCCCUGCCCUCCCUCUGAAAAUCAGUCCCCUUUUAAGGUGUCUCACAUUAAACACCCAAAAUUUCAGACACCCCAAAUCUCUAGUCACUUUUGAAAACCCCUGACCAUCACAUUUUGGAAAUGCUUCGUUUGUUUCUUUGCUUCUUUAAUGGAGGAAGAUACAGUUCCUUCUACUGUGGCUCUCUGUCCAACUUCCUAUGUUGCAUUUUUACAAACCUACAAAAAGGAAAAAUCCAGAAAGGCUUUUGAGGUAUGAUGACUUAAAUGCAUGUAUAACUCUGAUUUGUUGCAGUAAUGAUGCAAAUGGUGACUGGUACUCACUUUUGGGGGAACUGUAUGAUUUUGGUGAUGUCUCCUAGCAUCUGUCCAAGUUUUGCUUCACCACUUCAGGAUGUUGUAAAAAGAAGUGAAGUGGCACCCAACAAACCUAAAACGAAGCUAGAAGAUAUAUCGGAAGCUCUAUUAAAUUUCUUCAAUCCAGGGACUUGUCGGCCCAAAGAAGAUCAAGCAAUAGUUGCUUGCCAAGCAGGAGAGAAUAUUAACAAGACUACUUGUCUGAAAAAUAGAUGUUGUCACUCUUCCAAAAAAAGCAGUCAGCUGAAGUGCUAUACCCCACUCAAAGACAGACUUCAGCUGACACUGCGACUGUUUGCAGUUGGAAUAGGAGGAAUGAUUAUUUUGGGGUGUCUGCCAUUUUUCUGCUGUACAUAUUUACAGGGAAGUAAGUGUGCCAACCCUUUGCUAAGAGCAAACAAAGAAGUUGAGCAAAUUGUGCAGAAGCAAACAGAUAGGAGUGAAAACAUUGGUGGCUAUUUACUGGAUUUACUUAGAGAAGAUGCUAAGGACCACAAGCGCAAGAAGAAAGAGAAAAUGCCAGCUGAUCUUGAACAGCCUGGGCAAGACAAGGAUGCCAGUGUAACCUGAGUAGUGAGUCAAGCUCUUGGAAUGGAUGACCCAGUGGUUAGGACACUAGCCUAGGACUUGUGCAACCUGCGUGCAAUGCUCUGCUCCACUGCAGACUUCCUGUGUGACCAACAAUGGUGAGUCGCUUGGCUACUGUGGUGAUGGGUGAGCCAUGUAAGUUCCUCCAGUAGAUAAUUGAGCCCCCAGGCCCAGACACGCUGUUUUGGGUUGUCGGGGGUUUCUGUUUUCAUGAGAACUUGCAGCCUAUAUCGUUAGAUGGGAAUAGUGCCAGCCCAGUUGCAAGCUGCCCCUUCCCUUCUGCCCUUGUGGAAACCCCUCCAUUGGUGCCUUGUGGGUAAGGAGGGAGAUUAGGAUGGGGCAAAAGGGUUUGACUACCCUUUGUAGCAGCACAACUCACCCUCCAGCCUCAUAAGUAAUCCUUGGAGUACAUGAGUGCUGACCCUGUCAGAAUUAACAUAUUCCAGUUUCCCCACUACUAUGUGAUUUCUCCCCCUGACCCUGCCCUGUACCUUAGGGUGAUGUCUGGGGCUCAGCACUCAGGGAGCAGAGCUUCUGCAAGAGACACACAGGAUUUGUGCUGAUGGCCCUGACUUACUGCAGGCUUCCCAAGAUCCAUCACAGCAUCUCAAGAGAUCCAUGCGUUUUGAGAGCCAAACCCUUAUACUUACUGACCUGUGGAUGCCCAAGGAAUUUUGUACAUCAGAUUAAGUGAUGUCAUUUUAUUUUAAAAAAAAUCUGAAUAAGAGUAUACUCUCAUUUAGUCUCAUCCACCUUUCUGUAACAGUGCCUUUAUAGCCUGUCCAGACCACGGCUGCGUUUGCCCAAAGAAGCCAUAGCAAUCUGGUAGACAAAAGUAUUAUAAAAAAUUGGAGGGUAUAUAUGGCUAUUACUGGCCUCUCCUGGAUGGAGUCAGAACUCCUUAGCUGAGUCAGAAGCCUCAUAAUGGCUAUGGAAGAUUUUCCCUUUCAGUUAAGUAAUAGAAGCAUGGGGUUUUGGUGCAGGAGGAUGUGGAAUCUAUCCCCAGCCUCGCAAUCACAGUCUGAGUGGUCAUAUUAUCCAGCAGAGUGGCAACCGAGAAGCCCUAAAUGGCCACAGGUUUGUUACAGUAUUAAAAUGGUUUUGUUUUGGGAGUCGAGGUGUGUAGUGGUUGGAACAGGGGACAUGGGAGUCAAGAAUCCUCAGAUGUGUUCCAAAAUCAGCAACUUCCCACAGUCUGAUCUUGGUUAAGUCACCUGAUCUUACUUUGUCGCAUUCUUCCCCAUCUGUAAAAAUGGGAAUAGUAACAGGUGCACCUUUGUAAAGGAAGUUGAGAUCAUCAGCUGAAAGGCAAGUGUAAAAUAUAGAUACUUAUAUAAAAGCCUGCUACCUUACCGAAUAAAGCCAUCUUCUCUUCGAUGGUAAAUAAUACUGGCCAUACUGUCUUACUACACUGAUCUUAUAGUCAACCAGCUAAAUACUAUACCUGCUAGUAUUAAUUUCAGUGAUCUUGACACUUCUGUGUCACAGUGUUAGAGUUGCUACUCCCUUGUCAGCAGGUAGUAAGUGGGAGGGUGUUGACAGCAGACAAGGAGCCAAUGCAUUAUAUCCCAGCAGUGCGUUGCGUAUUCUGACUUCUAAAUGCUGAAUGUUUGUAUGUGCCAUGUAUAUUAACAAUCAACUGGGGUUAUCGCUGUUCUCAGUUAAUCUAUAUUGCUAAUGUUAUUACAAACUAACUGGUCCUUGCUGUGAUGGUUUAUCCCUCCAGAAGAACUCCCUUGUUUGAUUUAGCACCAAGAAAUCUAAGGGUGUAUCUUUGGUUUUCAUGAAUAUCUGAGACAUACAUGUACAACAAGGACUCCUCCUAUUGGGGCACCUGGAACUCCCUCCGUCUCAGAAUGAGACAAUAAAAUCAAAGUAAAAAAAUGUAUUCAAUAAAGGUAAGUGGAUAACAUCACAGAAUAUAAAGUCAGAGAAAAGUAAAUUCUCUGCACCCGUCACAGCUGUUAGUUGAAUGGAAUUGCCUUUCCUCAUGGAAAUGACAGCUGCUCCAGCCCUUCAGUCUGUAGCGUGCACUUCCUCACAGUCCAGUAGGGGGCUCCAAAGCAGUGGCAUGACUUCGUUUAAAACCUGGCAGCCCUAGCAGAAUACAGAGGGACACUUUCAAAAGUGUCCUGAAUCAAUUAUGUACAUAUGGAGCUAAAGCAGCAACACACCCAACAUUUUCACCUAGAGUUGCCCCUGGGCCAGAUUCUCAGCUGGUGUCAAUCAGCAUAGCUCAGCUGAGGAUCUCGCCCAGGGUAUGCACGUACACAUAUAAAUGUCUCCUUCAGGCUGCCCUUGUGCACAUUCAACUUGGCACACCCUGUUACGGUAGCAGCACCUGACUUACCUGCACAAGCCCUUUCCAGCAUUAAUAGGCAUUAGUGCUGUAAAAGAGUCUGUGCAAUCUUGUGUACACUCAGGAGGUGGCUGGGGUCUAAACAUCAGGCCUCUAGAUUUGUCACAGAACUUUCCUUAUAAUUUUGUGUCUGCAAAUAACUGUACCCAUAUCCUUGCACUUUCAGCUAAUUGUGGGUACAAAUGGAACACUUAGGCUAUGUCUACACUACGAAAUUAGGUCGCAUUUAUAGAAGUUGGUUUUGUAGAAAGCGUUUUUAUACAGUCGAUUGUGCGUGUCCCCACACAAAUGCUGUAAGUGCAUUUAG